CCCCGCCUGACUCCCGCGCCACGUCUCGGAGGAGGAAGGGCGGCUCGGGCCGAGCCGAGCCGGGCAGCUACUCUUAAUGAUUCCCAGAAGUUCUUCAGUCGUCCAUCAAGUGGCCUGGAACUAAACCAAAUUGCUUGUGGCUGGGAAGAAAUUGGUGCAGAAUUCCCCUAACAAUGUUCAGGCUGUUUGGGGGGCUCCUAGCGGUAUUGAUGGAGAAAAACUGGACUCUGUAGGUCGCUUGGAAAGUUUUCCACCGGGGAAAUAUUUUCCUUGGACCGUAUCUCCCGUCAGCCAUGGACUCCUCAGCGGUCAUUCAGGAAGCCAGCCAUGGUACCCUGGGCAGUUCUGAACGGCAACCAGACCUGGAGGUCAGAUCGACAACGGAAGGAGAGGAUCUGAACUUGUUUCGUGUAAAUAACGGCCGAGGGUCAACCGAAGGGGACACCUCCGCCCUCAAGAGCAGCCAAGAUCCUUGCGCAAACGGACCGAUGUCUUACGACCCCGAAGAGCCCCUGCCUCUGGGCCCCACCGAAAGCUCCCGGGUGAAAGAACCCGCUUCAGGUGUGCCUGGUUUCCGUGAGCACCUAAAGGCGUCUCGGGGUGAUAGUGAUGAGAGCUUAGCUCUUAGGAAGGACGCCCUGCAGUCUCUCAAACUAAGCCUCCCCUUGCAAGAAACCGAAUUGUGCUCAGCCGAUGCUCCUCUCCCGCUGGAGAAGGAAGAAGUGAUCCGGCUUCAGGCCCGGAAGCGCUUGGAGGAGCAGCUCAAGCAGUAUCGUGUCAAGAGGCAUCAGGAGAGACUGUUUACAGCUAAAAGCCGCCCCUCCAGCACCCUGGAUCCUGAGCUGAUGUGGAAUCCGGAGAUCUUGCCAAGGGCCAGCACUGUGGCGAUGACCAAAGAAUACUCCUUUUUGCGAACCAGCGUCCCACGAGGACCGAAAGUGGGCAGCUUGGGCCUCCCAGCUUCCUUGAAAGAGAAAAAAAGUUCCAAAUCUUCCCGAACCAGCCGGAUUCGGUCGCUGGCAGAUUAUCGAACGGAAAACCCAGACGGAAGUGCCGGCGGGACCAUGCCGAUGUCCAAUUGCUCAGGCGGAUCUCUGAAGCCGAACUCCAACAGCCUGACCUCGGUGGUGUCCUCCAUCAGUCUGAGCCCCGAUUCCGACGACCGGCUGGAAGCUUCGUCCUUGGCGGGAGACAGCCUGUCAGAGAUGGAUGGCAGCGAAGCCGGGAUGAGGCUGGACGGCAACGAAAGCGACAGCUCGACCUACAGUAGCGUAUCGGGAAGAGGCCUCGCUUCCUUCAGCCCCCAAAGCAAGCCGGGUAUGGCCUUCACCAUCAAUGGGCAGGAGGUCCCGUUGGAUGCUGUUGGGCAGUUUCCUUCCAUCAAGGAGGUAUUGCAGGCUGCGGCAACAGAGCAACGGGCUCAAGACCAGGAAGUCAACGGGGAAGCCAGAAGCCGGCGGGACAGUAUUUCGAGCAGGAAGGGUUUGGAAGUUACGACGACUAAAGCGGAGUCGGCGCACAACCGUCGGCACUAUAAAGCUGCUGCUCUGGAACUCGGCGAGGUCAAGCGGGAGCUGCAAGCCAAAGAGGUCCUGAUCCAGGCUCUCCAGGUUGAAGUCGACAAGUUGCAGGGAGAAGACGGGAAGCGCUCCGAGGAAGUCUCGCAGAUCCAGCGGGAGCUGGUUGACGCUCGGUCCCAGCUUCAACUUCUGCAGAAGCAGCUGGAUGAUCAACUGGACAAGCAACCUGUGGAAAAUCAAGAGUUGGAAGACCUCAAAUGGGAAGUUGAACAGAAAGAGGGAGAACUCCAAACUUUGAAGCAACAGCUGGAUUUGACGGAGCAACGCAGUCAGAAGGAGUUGGAAGGCGUGCAGUUAGUUCUCCAGAACCUCAAGGCGGAGUUGGAGAUGGUUCGGGACGAUUUGUCCAUAACUCAGAAAGAUAAGUUCGUGCUCCAAGCGAAAAUGUCUGAACUGAAGAACAGCAUCAAGACUCUGCUCCAACAGAACCAGCAGCUGAAGCUGGACUUGAAACAGGGGAAAAUGAAAAAGAAGAAACUCAAGGGAGAGACCGGUUCAAAUCCGGUGACCCCAGUGAAGAUUCCCGAUUGUCCUGUCCCCGCUGCCUUGCUAGAAGAGCUGCUGAAACCUCCAUCGGCGGUGAGUAAAGAGCCACUGAGGAACCUCAACAGCUGCCUCCAGCAACUCCGGCAAGAGAUGGACAGCCUGCAGCGUCAAAUGGAAGAGCACACUGUGACGGUCCACGAAUCGAUGUCUUCCUGGACACAGAUCGAAGGCCAGUUGACAGACCUCACUAGUAAUCUUUCUGUAACUCUGUUAGCCAAUGAGAGUCUUCCUCACACAGACCUCCAGGAUCAUAAGCCAAACACGGACGUCCAGGAAGAGGUGACCCAGUGAUCCCAAGGCCCACGGAUUUCCAUCAGAACUGCUUUAAGUAUGUUUAAAAAAAAAAAGAGAGAAGUAUUUAUCAAAACCCUAUUUAUAUUUUGUUCUUAAACCUUUUAGAGUCUUCAGUCUACGGUUCGUUUUAGCAAACGGGGAAUUAUUUUUUUUUUGAAGGCCGUGGCUUGAUCAGACAAGCAGAAAUGGAAAUGGUGGGCUGGAAAGGAGGAAAGGAUGUGAGGUUUGCUGUAUUAAACUUUUGAGAACUAAGGAUUUGGAUUAGGAUGUCUGCAGAAAGAAGACAAAACAGGGUCCCUUUUAGUUUCCGGUUUUUUGGGAAUUUUGUGACUGUUAAUGGAUACUCCACCAAAUCCAGUAUUUUUUUAAUUAUGGUAUCUUUUGAUUCAUAUUCCAACACAUCAAGCAACCAAAUUGCUCGUCGCGGAACCACAGUGAAGCUGUUUAUCCAAUGGCACCAGUUGGCUCCUAAGCAAAUAAUUUCCCAGUAAAAGGUUUGGAUUCCUCUUCUGACAGAUGCUGUUUGCACAUUUUUCGUUGUUGUUUCUCUUUGCAGACAUCUGCAGGAUGGAAUUGUGGGUGAGGUUACUUUGUUCUGGAGCCUCUUACAUAUAUAUGGAUUCUUCUAUAGAUUAUAAAGCACCUGGGUCGGGGCUUGUGUGGUUUUUUGGGUCUUACUAAAGGUGACUUGUUAAGUUUUUGGUGUCCUGCAAAACAUGGUGUGGAUGUGGGCCCGAGAAAGCUAAAACCAGAGCUUUUUAGACAUUUAAUUCACUUAUUUAUCUUUCAAAGAGAAAUGUUCUAUUCUGCCUAUAAAAUCCUAGUUUCUUAGCUUUAAUUCCAUCCUCCACCCCAUGGCUUCCUCUUGAGACUUAACCAGGAGCCAGAAUUCAUGUACUGUUUUUUUUUUUUUGCAAAAUGCGUCUUCAUUUAUAAUUCAUCGGUUGAAAUACUAUAGUUUCUUUAAAUUGUUUCUCGACAACUGACAGCACCUUUUUGUGCUCUGGGUGGAAAGACGGGAUUUUUACCCAGGCAAAAUUGUACUGUAGGAUAUGCUAGGAAAUAACAGGAAGCGUGAAUGGAGAACACAAAGGUAGGAGAUAUUGUGAGCUUGGCUGGAAGUUAUGGAUGCUUGAGGUGAGACUCAGAUGAGGGAGUCUCGUCCAAGAUCUUAGCAGAUACAAUUGUGAAAUCAGCAGCUGUGAGUCUCACCCUGUCUUCAUGCACACCGCAUUUACGGGAGCAUACCAGACUGCCCCUACAAUGCCACAUCGUCCAGAGCUAAACCUAAAUCUAAAGUUUAGAUAACUUCACGGAUUAAACGUGAUGAAGGACAUUUUGGAGCAGGACUAACAGGUGGAGACAAUCUAUAAAUGAAAUUUCUGUUUCAACAGUCUGACCAAAAAAAAAAAAGCUCCCAACUUUGAGUGGUAUGGAUUGAUUGAAUGCGGAAGGAUUAUUUUCCCCAGUAUUUGUAGAAAUGUCACUCUGAUUUUCCUGUUAAAGCCAAGACAUUUUUUUUCACUAGGUAUUCUGCUUUUUCUCAAAACGGACUUUAGAUAGGCACUUUGAUUGUUCAGCUUUUUCCAACCUGAGUUUCGAUAUUUUUAAUAUUCUGAUUCUGAAACUUCUGUCAGGCAUUUUUUAUUUUUAUUUUCAUCUAAUACGUGAAGGAAAGGUGGUUUUUUUAAAUGUAAAGCUUUCUACAUUUGAGAGGAAGGAAUCUCAGAUACGCUUAACUAUUUGAUAAGACUAAUCCAAACUUAUCAAAACACCAUCUUGAAGGCUUUAUGGGUCAAUUUAGACAGGUGGUAACUUUUAUUAUAAAGUUGGUUUUAUACAGUAAAAUAGCAAUGGUUUUUUUUGCCGCUCAUAUCUGUGAAGCUUAUAUAUUUGCUAAUGUAUGCAAGAAAUACUGUAGUAUUUAAACACCAAAGUCAAUAUUACGUAAUGAAUAAUAUGUAUACGAUCCUUCCAAACUUUGCUGUUCCACUUAGUUGUUUGCAUUUUACAAUUUUUGAUUUACUCAUGAAGAGUUUUCUGAGUGUGCUAUCAACGGUCAUAACUGAAAAAAAUACUCCUUCAACAAUUUUGGAGAGGUGAAGGGGCAAAAACAGAGUUGUAUUUUUACUAAAUGAAAAAUCCAUUUCUCCCGCUUCCCUUUUCCAGACCGUCUUAUUUAUACUUCCCGUGGCUUGUCAUUUUGACUAGGAAAGAAGUGGAUUGUGUAAGUCUGGGAAUCCCUGACUCCGCAAAUUUCCUCUCGAAAAAAAUAUUUAAUGUCAUUCUCUCUUUUUAAAAGUGCUAUCAUUUAAUUCAUACUUCGAGAAACCAGGGUUGUGAAGGGCUCUCCACCUGCACUUUCAGACUAAUCAAGAUCUAUAAAUCAUUCAGGGUGGUCCCUUGUGGUUUUUAUUUUUAAAUAUUCAAAAUAAAUAAUAGAGCCAUUAUGGUUAUUGCAUUUUUUCUUACAAAAUGAAGGUUUAUUUAUCCCUGGAAGGUAACAGCUAGAUGUGACUGUUUUCAGUGUUUUUCUGAAUAUUAGCAGAGGUUGGUUCUGAAGGCUUAAAUCUGUCAUUGUUCACAGUAAUUUUCUGCAGUGCAGCAAUAUGGUGACUAUUAAUUCACCUUACGGUCUUCCAGGUUAUUUGGAGACUUACGCGUUCUGUGAACUUUUUCCUUAUGCAUCGUCAGUUUCAUUUUCCAAUCUGGCAAUGCUUGUCUCAUUCUACCAGGAAAAAAAAAAUUCUGCUUGAAAGAAAAAUACUUCUUCCAGAGGGAAGCAGGCUUUGAAAGAUGCUUUGGGAAAACUGGUCCUUCUCUAAAUCAAAAUUGUAGUUUUUACUUUUUGGGUAAGCAGCUGCACUAAGUCAAAAGGGAGCACUGAUGCUAGCUAUCACCUUUACAAUUAUGUCACUGACUUUUUGAGUGACAGAUAUGUAAUAAAAGUAAAGUUGCCUCACUUUAGAAAUUCUGGUCAAACAGUCCCAUUUAUAAUGAGGAUCUGUUUCAACGUAGUUUCAAAGUUUUUCUUCCCCUUGCUUGAAAAUGCAGAACACUUACCCUCUGAGAUGGGAAAAUUUUAGAUUCUUACUCAUAGGAAUCUCUUCUGUUACAGUAGCCAAUGCAGAAUAUUCUUUUCCCAAAAGAACAUCAUAUGCAUAUCAUUUUAUCACAUUUUUUCUUGUUCCCGGCAAACGGUUGUCUCAUUCUAUUUAAUGAGGGGGUGGAAUUGUCAUUUUCAUAACAUGUUUGAGUGAGUGUUCCAAAGGAAGAGUUUAGAUGUGUUUGAUUCAAGAUUAAUAAUUGUGCUUUAAAAAAAAAA